AUGCAUGGCAAGACUAUAAAAAUGAACAGCAGUAAGAGCAACGGUACGGACAUCAGCCGAACUAGCACCAGUACUUCGAUUCCAACCAGUGCCGCUGGCACAAAAGCGACCUCAAACGAUUUUGUGCGAAAGCUCUUUGGGAUAUUGGAGAGAGGGGAAUAUCCAGACAUCGUCCGUUGGACAGAGAGUGGCGAUAGCUUUGUAGUGCUGGAUACGGGCAAAUUCACGACACAAAUUUUACCUAAUCAUUUCAAGCACUCCAACUUUGCCAGUUUUGUUCGUCAGUUGAACAAGUACGACUUCCAUAAGGUCAAGAAGACGCCCGAGGAGCGACAGACAUCUCAGUAUGGAGAACUCAGCUGGGAGUUCAAACAUCCGUUCUUCAGCCGUCAUAACGAGGAGGCUUUAGACAAUAUCAAGAGGAAGACAACGGUUCAAAAGAAGAUAUUGCUGGACGAGAACGCCGUUGUGCUGCAGUCAAACGAUCAACAAGGCCUACAGGAUAAAUCAGCGAUUAGCUUAAUCUUGUCUAAUACAGUGGCGAAGGAGAAGUUCAACUCGCUGAAAAGGAAGGUUGACCGUUUGCAGAAAGACCUUGAUUUUGCCAAGGAGGAAAAGUAUGCUGCAAAGCUGGAGUUUCAAAAGCUCAAUGCCAAGUAUAACACGAUUGUGGAAAGUCUUCUAACUUUUAAGAGCGUCAACGACAGCUUGGUGAACAAUUUCAAUCAGCUCUGCUCAAUGUUAUCCGGUCGGGGGUUUGAUCUGCCACAGAAUUUUUACAAUCAAAUUGAUGUCGGUGACAAUAUGAACAAGACUGUUAACAUCAGCCAAAAGCUAGCAAAACCAUAUGAGCUGAGUAGUGCGAGCGCGAUGGUUCCUGGAACACUACGAGACACUCCUGAUGCAGAAGCCACUGAUUUAUCACUCCCGCUGCAAGAUGUCACCACUGGGAAGCCUGUUACAGAGCUUGAACCGGGCGAUCAAUCUGCCUUGACGGAUGGUUUUCAUGUGCUACUUGUUGAGGAUGACGCAGUCUGUAUACAGCUUUGCUCCAAAUUUCUACGAAAAUACGGAUGUACAGUAGAAGUGGUAACGGAUGGGCUGUCGGCGAUAUCUACUCUCGAGAAAUUUAGGUACGAUCUGGUCUUGAUGGAUAUCGUUAUGCCCAAUUUAGAUGGGGCUACGGCAACUUCAAUAGUCCGAAGCUUCGACAAUCACACUCCCAUCAUCGCUAUGACAGGUAAUAUUGAAGAUCAGGACCUAAUAACGUAUUUGCAACAUGGCAUGAAUGACAUAUUAGCUAAGCCUUUCACGAAAGAUGACUUGCAUUCCAUGCUUAUUCGUUACCUAAGAGACAGAGUGCCGCUAUCCAAACAACAACAGGAAAAGGAACGAACAGUGAGUCAAAUGCAAGCUCAAGCACAUACGCAGCCACCGUCGCAAGAACAUUCAGAGUCACAGUCGCAAAGCCAAACACGAUCGCAAUCACAAUCUCUGGCUCAAGCGAGGCCGCCACUUCAAAGCCAUCACGCGAUUCAGUCAAUAUCUGGCAGUGUGUCGCAACCGCCGUCAUCAUCUGUUUCAGAAGGAGAUGUGAAGAGCUUGAUAGAGGACGAACCUUUGUUGAAGAAACAGCGGGUAUAG